AUGGCCGACCUCCUCUACGACCUCCUCGUGUCGGCGGCGCCGGGCCCCCCUGAAUCUGAGCCCGGCCUCACAUGGCCGGCCCCGGUAGCCGACCAGGCCUCGCUCGAGUACCUCGCCUCCCUGGCCGCCCAGCCCGUCUCGGCCCUGGAUACCACGGAGCCGCAGGCACUUUCUCAGGCAUCACACGGCCUCCUGCUGUCGCUACAGAAGCUCUCCAAGCGGUCGCACAAACCCAUCAUCGAGUCUGCUACUCACCAUGCCGCGCUCGACUCCACCCUGCCAGUCCUGGCGGCCGGCACCGCGGAGCUCCGCAGCGCCAUCCCCAAGCUCGACAACGAGGCCGUCCGCUUCUCUACCACGUACAACAAGGCGGGUGAGCACGAGCUCCUGGCCCGCAGGAGAAAGGCCCUGCUGCUGUCCAGGAACGUUGAGCGCCUGGUCGACGUGCUGGAGCUGCCGGCCCUGCUCUCAUCUUCCAUUUCGACCGCCCCAGUCAACUACUCGUCGGCCCUUGACCUCAACGGCCACAUUCGUCGUCUCCACUCCCUGCACCCGGACUCGCCUCUUGUCUCGUCCGUGUCAUCGCAAGCCGACGAGGCUAUGCGCACCAUGGCCUCGAACCUAAUCUUGUCCCUGAAGGCGCCGGGCUUGAAGCUGGCCGCCUCGCUUCGCACCAUCAGCUGGCUGCGCAGGGUUCUGCCUGACAUCAAACCCGACCACGCCCACGACUCACAGGAGCGUGUCCUGGGUGCCCUCUUCCUGGUCUGCCGUCUGGCCAUGCUGGUGACCAUGCUCGAGGCCCUAUCGCCCCUGCGCGACCUCGCCGACCAGGAGAGGGCCAAGCAGACCUCCUCUCUGCGGAACGGGGGCGCCUGGUCGGGCGGCCAGCAGACGGAAAAGUAUCUCAAAAAGUACAUUGAGAUCUUCAGAGAGCAGAGUUUCGCCAUUGUGUCCAUGUACCGAAGUAUAUUUCCUGAGGCUGAGCCUUCAUCUGCACCAUCACAGCUGCAAAAGGAGCAGCAGCAGGACCUCCUCGAGCCGCUACCAUCGCCGCUUGCCACGUUCCCGCUGCACCUAGUGGACAUGCUUCUAGAGACAUUGAGAACUUAUCUGCCCACGGUGAAGGACCAGGGCUCGCGCGACAGUCUCCUGACCCAGGUGUUGUACUGCGCCGGCAGUCUGGGACGACUGGGAGGUGACUUUGGUCUGUUCCUCGCCAGCCUCGAUGUCGGCGGCGGGGCAGAAGAGGAGUGGGUGCAGGUUGUCAAGCGGCACCGGCUCCUGGCCGGACGCUUGGAGUCUAUUGUCGGGGCUGGAGACAACAAGGGAGGUAAAUGA